AAAGGUUCGUUCGAAGUCACUUCGCUAUACUUCUCCUCCUGCUUUGUUUCUUCUUCUUCGCAGCUUUAACAGUUUUAGGCUUUUAGCUCAGAUAAAUAAAUAUUACUGAGCCGUAAAAGCCAAGAAAAAAGUUGGAAAAAAUCGUCUUCACAAACUGCCCGCCGUUAACUCCACGUCAUAUUUAAUCUAUAUAUAAAUAUAAUCAUCUGGUCAGUCAAGUGUACCUCACUCUGGAGUCUGGGCGGCCGCCAUGGGAAAGCUCCCUCAUUUCCUUCUCAUACUCUCCGCAUUCCUCCGCGCCUUCUCCUUAGCAAAUUCCCAACCUUACAUCGGAGUAAACUAUGGCGAGUACGCCGACAACCUCCCCGCUCCGGAAUCCACCGCUCACCUCCUCCAAUCCACCACCAUCUCUAAGCUCCGUCUCUACGGAGCUGACCCCGCCAUCAUCAAAUCCCUCGCCGGCACCAACAUCUCUCUCAUCCUAGGCACCACGAACGGUGAAAUCCCCUCCCUGGCCACCGACCCCUCCACCGCCGCCGCCUGGAUCUCAUCGAACGUGCUCCCUUUCCUUCCCGCCACCUCCAUCUCCACCAUCUCCGUCGGCAACGAAGUCCUCACCUCCGGCGACUCGUCUCUCUCUUCCCAGCUCCUCCCCGCGAUGCAGAAUCUCAAAUCCGCGAUCCCCGCCGGGAUCAAAAUCUCCACCGUCCAUUCCAUGGCCGUGCUGUCCCAAUCUGACCCGCCCUCCUCCGGCGCGUUUCACUCCGAUCUCGCUCCUUCCUUAAAUUCCAUUCUCCAAUUCCUCCACGACAACGAAUCCCCUUUCAUGGUGAACCCUUACCCGUAUUUCGCUUAUCAGAGCGAUCAGCGGGCUGAGACCCUGGCUUUCUGUCUCUUCCAGCCGAAUUCGGGCCGACCCGACCCGGCCUCGGGGGUCACCUACACGAACAUGUUCGACGCCCAAGUGGCGGCUGUUCGGGCCGCGCUUGGGGCGGCCGGGUUCGCCGGAACUGAAGUCGUGGUGGCGGAGACAGGGUGGCCGUACAACGGGGACGCAGGAGAGGCCGGAGCUACAGUGGACAACGCCAAGGCGUAUAAUGGGAAUUUGGUAACUCAUCUGAAGGCAAUGGUGGAUCCAGUGGAGACUUACAUAUUCGCGCUUUACAAUGAGGAUUUGAAGCCCGGGCCGACGUCGGAGCGUUCGUUCGGACUGUUUAAGACUGAUCUUACGCCGAUUUAUGAUGCCGGACUGAUCAAGUCGGAGGGAGGAGCGGGGCAAGUGACGACGCCGAGCCCGGCGCCGGCGGAAACGGGAAGUGGGUCCGUGCCAGGGAUUGCUUUGUCCGCACCGCCUCCGGCGGAUGUUUGCGUGCCGGGAAGAGGCGGAAGCACGUGCGGGCAGCCGGUUGUGCAGAAUCUGCCGACUAAUCCGGAUGAGAGUAACGGGGAGGUCGAGCGGCGGUGGCGGCUGUGGAAGGACAGGCGUUGCAUGGUGGGGAUGUGGUCGGAUUUCUUCCUGUACAUGGCUUUGGCCGUGUUGGUGAUGAGAUAAGGUGGCGCGCAGUAGACAUUGCUCCUGUGUUCUCGUCCUCUUCAAAUGGGGUCAAAGUAUGGAUUUUAAUUUUUAUGAAUAGAAAUCAUUGCCUUUCCCGACAAAAAUAUUCAGUAUAUUGGUGGUUGCUGAAUUAUACUCCUUUCGUAAAAGCUGAUGUAAAAUGGCAUAUAAAAUUCUGUUUCAAAUUAAGUAUGCAACUUAAGAGGUUA